CCUGUAGACACAAGCCUGAGCUCCCUCCUCCCCAGCCCGCUCUGGCUCCCCGGUUCCUCUUGCCGCUGGCUGCACUGUCAAGGGGUGCUGGGAGCUCGCUCUGCCACGGCUGCCAGGAUGGGCGCUCUGCACUGGGCUCUGCUCUGCGUGGCCUGGGGCUGCGUGGCCGGGCAUGACUGCAAGCCAUCGCUCAUGACCCCUUCCUUUGGAAACAUCUACCACGUCAAAGGCGUCAUCAACCUGCCCUACGCUGAAAUCGAGGAGCCCUUCGAGGCCUGGUACAACCUGAGCGGAAAGCAGAGCCGUAUCCAGUACUACGGUGGGCAGGUGAUCACCUUCCAGUUCGGGGCGGUGAAGCCCUACGGCGCCAGCUACAAGAUCACACCAGAGACGACGGAGUCCGAGACCAACGUCUUGAAGUGCUUCCUGAUCAACGGCACCAAGGAGGGGCCGAUCGAGCCGCAGACCGUCUUCCCCAACAUGGAUGGCUUCAAGUUCCUGCGGGAAGAGUACCACAGCGGGCAGUACUGCGCUGUGUGGCAGAACGUCACGCACGUGGGCCACAAGAAGAACGUGUACACGCUGUGGGUGACCAACAACAGCUGCGGCGUGGCGCCCGUGCACUACGAGAUGCGCGGCUUCAACUCCCUGCUGGGCUCCCACUACGACAAGUACGAGAUCCAGUACAGCCACUACUCCAACAGCUUCCCCGCCUCCGUCUUCGACCUCCCCGUCAACAAGACGAGACGGUGCAGGUACCUCUCCGACACCACGGGCGAGCACCGCAUCCUGGCCAACCCCAUGGCAGACCUGGUGGGGCGCGAGGCUGCCCGGACCCAUCAGCUCUUCCACCACUACAAGACGAGGUUCGGGAAGAGCUACGGUGGCGAGUGGGAGCUGGAGCACCGCAAGCACGUCUUCACCCACAACAUGCGGUAUGUCCACUCCAAGAACCGGGCCAACCUGCCCUACAAGCUGGCGCUGAACCACCUGGCCGACCGCACGCUGGAGGAGGUGGCCGUGCUGCGGGGGCGGCUGAGGAGCGGGAAGCCCAACAACGGGCAGCCCUUCCCCUCGGAGAUGUAUACAGGCCUCAUCCUGCCUGAGAGCUUGGACUGGCGGUUGUAUGGCGCCGUGACCCCCGUGAAGGACCAGGCCGUGUGCGGCUCUUGUUGGAGCUUCGCCACCACCGGGGCCAUGGAGGGGGCCCUCUUCCUCAAGACCGGCGAGCUGACCCCGCUGUCCCAGCAAGUGCUGAUCGACUGCUCCUGGGGCUUCGGCAACUACGCCUGCGACGGGGGCGAGGAGUGGCAGGCCUACGAGUGGAUCAUGAGGCAUGGCGGUAUUGCCAGCACCGAGUCCUACGGUGCCUACCGCGGCCAGAACGGCUUGUGCCACUAUAACCAGUCCGAGCUGCUGGCCAAGAUGACGGGCUACGUCAACAUCACCUCGGGCAACAUCACGGCCGUGAAAGCCGCCAUCUACAAGCACGGCCCCGUGGCCAUCAGCAUCGACGCCUCCCACCGCUCCUUCUCCUUCUACUCCAACGGUGUCUACUACGAACCCAAGUGCGGGAACAAGCCCGGGCAGCUGGACCACGCGGUGCUGGCCGUGGGCUACGGCGUCCUGCAAGGGGAGCUCUACUGGAUCGUCAAGAACUCCUGGUCCACGUACUGGGGCAACGACGGCUACAUCCUCAUGUCCAUGAAGGACAACAACUGCGGCGUGGCCACCGACGCGACGUACCCCAUCCUGUCCUGAUCCUGCGCCCGUGAGACCCCUCGGGGCUUGCCCAGCCCAGCCCACUGCGUCUUCCCAGGCCGGGGAGGCAAAGCCCCGCUGCUCCAAAGACCACGUGGCAGCCCCUGGAUGAGCUGCAUGGGCAUCCCAUCGCCUCCUGGCCCCGAGCCCCGUCGUGACCCUCCAGCCGGUCGCGGAGGGAACGCACUGCUGUGACCCGGGGGGGUGGAGGGUAGGUGUCGAAACGGGAGCAGCCCCUGCCCAGCCGGGUGGGUGGUGUGCGAAGCAGGCCCCGGAGGUCUGUGCUGCCCGUGGGCUGCAUUGGGGACAGGCCUGCAGCUCCAAUAAAGAGCCUGGAAAGGGGCUGCUCCCUUCGAAAGUG